AGAUAUAAAUAUAUAUUCUAUAUGUAUGUAAAUACUUGUAGCACAUGUGUGUGGGUGCAUUGUUGUUGCUGAUGAAGUCGAAUAGAUUAUAAAACAAGAAGCGGAAACAGCUGUGGAAUGCAACGAAAAGAAGAUCAACGACGGUUGCUCAAUGAGCAGGAGCGGGAGGAAACGGAGCAGCAGCCUGAUGAGCCAAUGCUGGGCGGUGAGCAGCAGGGCGUUGGUUUCGUGCCCGCCUUUUUGCCACAACAUAACAUCGACGAUGACGAACGCUGUCUGCUGGAGCGCGAUCAGGAUGAGAUCGUCCAGCUGACCAAUGCGCCGACCAGUGGGGCUGCCCUAACCUAUUACGUCUUCUACCUGCUUGGCAUUGGCACAAUGACGCCGUGGAACUUUUUCGUGACAGCCGAAGAUUAUUGGAAAUACAAGUUCCGCAACACAACGCUGAACGAGACCCAGCCCGACGAGGAGCUGACGCCGCUGCAGAAGAGCUUCGCCUGCGACUUGGCCUUGACGGCGACCAUAUCGGGCACCACAUUCCUGCUGCUGAACGCCGUUUACGGCCACCAUGUGUCGCUGCGCACUAAGAUGCUGGGCACGAUGCUCACGAUUCUCGUGCUCUUUGGCAUCACGACGGGCUUCGUGGAGGUGAACACGGACCGGUGGCAGGAGCAGUUCUUUCUGAUCACCCUCAUCAUUGUGGUCAUACUCAACAUCUCUGCUGCUACCAUGUCGGGCGCUCUGUAUGGCGUCGCUGGCCUGUUUCCCUCGGAGGAUAUGACGGCUGUGGUCAGCGGCCAGGCGCUGGGCGGUAUUAUAACGGCAUCGGCCCUCCUGCUGGUGCUCGCCUUCGACAGCGGACCCUCGACCACGGCCUUUGUGUUCUUCAUCAUGGGCGCUGUGCUCAUCCUCGGCUGCAUCGUUUGCUACGUGCUGAUGGCUCGCCAGGCGUACUUCAAGUAUUAUCUGGCGGGUGGCGAUAAGUUCAAGGUGAUCAGCGCUCUGCCGCCCUCGCACAGCCGGGAGGGAGAGGACACGGGCGUGGCACUCGAGCCGAUUUUCAAGCAGGUGCUGGGCAAGAUCUACGUGCAGGCCGCGUGCCUCGUUCUGCUGUACGCCACGACAUUGUCCGUGUAUCCGUCGGUGACUGUACUUAUGCAAUCCGAGCAUUCCGCCAAUCACAGCGAGUGGACUGAUGUCUAUUACCUGCCCGUGGUGAACUAUCUGUUCUUCAAUUGCGGCGACUACUUCGGCCGCCUGCUGGCCGGCUGGCUGCAGUGCCCCAAGAAUCGGCACACUACGCUGCUCUGGACCGUGGUGCGUGUGGCUCUCGUGCCCUGCUUCCUCUGCUCCAACAGCAGCGAGCAUCAGUUUCUGCCCACGCUGGUGAAGCACGACUACACCUUCAUGGCCAUGGUUGUGAUAUUUGGGCUAUCCAAUGGAUACUUGACCAAUAUACUGCUCAUCAUGGCGCCCAGAUCCGUCAAGCAGCAUGAGAAGGAGCUGGCGGCAUCUAUAAUGGCCGCCUGUUUGAGCGUGGGCAUGGUCAUUGGCUCGCUAGUGAGCUUGGCCUUUGUGCAAAUGCUGUGAUCGUUAGAUUGCCACGCCCUUACGCCCCCCCCACUCGCCCAAGCUGCUAGGUGCCUUAAUCAUAGUCUAAUCAAAUUAAUAGUAAAUCAUUUAUUGUCUCUAUAGACCCAUAUAUAUAUCUUUUAUACGUCCCACCUUGUGUCAAAAAUUAGCCAUGGUCUGUAAGACGAACGUAUCAAGGCGAAAUUAUUUUAUUAACAAGUUUAUAUUACCUGUAAGAUUUUACCCCAUGAAUGUCGAUGUUUUUUACAAAAUAAAUUUAAAAUUUUUGUGUGUGUUUUUAAGGUAA